AACGAAAAUUCAAAUUUUGCAGGUAAUCCUUAUCCUUGAAUAGAGGUAAGACUAAACAGAAUACAUUAUUCAAUUUUCAGCUAGAUGCUGAUACCGGGUGCGUUUGACAAAAACCAUUGUGUUGAUAAAAUGGAAAUUUCACUAUUAGCUGUUUUUCUCUGACCCCCUGAAGGGGAUAAAUGAAUUAACAGGAACCUUGAACCCAAAGGAAAGUGAAGCCCAGCGAAGAAAUCAAUAGAAGUAGACCGCUCCGGUUGGGAAUUGAUGUCGGGUGAAGACUCCAUGGGUAAUGAAACCGGUGGAGAUCCAAGUUCUCCCGGUCUCUACCCAGAGAAUAAUUCAGCGAUUGAAAAAGGCUUCAAAUGCAUGGCUUAUGGUGUAAUCGUCGCGUUUUCUAUCAUCGGCAAUUCUUUGGUCAUAGCUGCUUUCAAACUGAACAUCAAUGGAAAACUCCGCACAGUAAACAGCAUGCUCAUUGUCAGUAUGGCAGCCGGGGACCUACUGCUUACACUGGGAAGUACACCGGAGAGAAUCACAAGAAUCUUCGUCAAUGGUCAGUGGAUUAUUGGAGGACACUUGGGUAUAUUUUUGUGCAAAACCACCAACUACUUCGAGAAGCUUUGCAUGAACGUUUCAAUCAUUCAUCUUGCCAUGGUGGCUAUAGAUCGUUUUUUAGCGGUGUUUUAUCCUCGCCGGAAGAUAAUCACGGUGAUAAGAGCCCGCCAAAUUAUAAUCAUGGCUUGGCUGGCGUCAGCUGCCUACUGCGUGCCUUUGUUCUACUACGCCAACUUGCUGGAGAAAAACGGAAACCUGUUUUGUAAAACUCGACAUUUUUUCAACAACUGGCGUAUUUGGUAUUUGUUUUUCUUAUCACUGCUUGUACUAACAUUGCUUCUUGUAGUUGCCUUGUAUGCUGCAAUUGCUAUUCGACUGUGGCGUGCCGGUAAAGCGCCCAGAAUGCGAAUUUCGUUCAGAACUCGCAACAGCGUGCGGCUAAGCAAACGAAUUCUUAAAAUGGUUGCCAUGAUAGUAGUUGCGUUUUACUGUUGCUUUCUUCCUUAUUGGAUUGGUUGGGUAUUUUGUUCUUACUACUCGAACGAAAUGAUCUGUAGCGGUACGUAUGUGUUCGUAGCAAUUUUUCUCCUAUAUGCUAACAGUGCCUUCAAUCCUGCAAUUUACUCGUUUUUCAACGAUAAUUUUCGUGUAGGCUUUCGAUUUAUUUUCAGCAAGCUGUGCAAAUGUUGUUGCAAUAGAAAAAAGUUGUACUUUCAUCGCGAAACUAAGGAAGUCUUCGUCAUCGGGCAAGAGGAAGCGCGUAAGAGAGUUCGAUGCAAGGCCAUCCAGAAAAUAGACUCCAGACAACACGGUUCACAAGCUGUGUAGAAUUCAAGAAGUUUAGUACAAUUAAAACAACAGAAAGGGAACUUAUUAAUUUGGAAGAAACCGUGACAUCGGAAACCGUGUGUGCUUUUAAUGCUACAGUUAUUUCUUUGAGCACAAACUUACUGGAAUACCUCUAUAGGCUUUGGGGUAUCAUGACAGUUAAUAGUAAUAGAGAUAAAAUUGAUAUAGCACCGUUUUAUGAGGAGAUUUAAUAUAACUUAGAACGGACAACAGUAGAAUUCAAUAAAAACUACUGG